CAAAAGAGCCCACUCGGCGGCACGCGUUCCGCAGUCUGCAUUCAGACGCGAAUCCGUACGGUUUGAUCGCGUUAUUCCGCUCUCUUUCUAGUGUGUCCCGUCGCGUGUGUUCCAUUAUUCGACUGGAGCUGACGUAACCGUGCAGCCUACUGUGAAGUGCCGAUCCCGGGUUGAGGUUGACAACUCUUCGAAGGUGGAAUUUAAAAAGUGAAUCGCAGCAAGCGACCUACUGCUAGGUAGUUCAAAUCGAUUUAUUAUUGUCAGGAAGGUGUAACGGCUACUACGAUUACUAUUGAUUUAAAAGGCCACAAUGUACGGUGGUAAACUGGCGUACCUUGUGGCGCUGUCCAGCCUCUGGUUGGUACACGCCGUAGAUUACGCGCCCAAAAUGGAGACUGUUAAGCAGUGGAGCUUCCUGUCGUACAAUUUUCCCUGGGACUACCCCGCAAACGAUAAGGAGUUCUACAACCCGGAAAACAUCGUUGCGACCGGUAUCGAAGUAGGCUACGAUCGCAUCUUCGUAGCAACGCCGCGGUUGUUCAGUGGAGUGCCGGCAACGCUGUCUGCGAUCCCUCGUGGUACCCAUGGUGAUUCGCCAGCGCUCCAGGCCUACCCUGAUUGGACGCAUCACACCGCCGGCACCAAGGAGUACAACUGCUCCGACAUCGGACUGGUGUCGGUCUAUCGUAUCCGAAUCGACUCGUGCAACCGACUGUGGGCUUUGGACGCCGGUGUUUCGCGAUCGCUAGAAGACUUCGAAGUGACCUGCCCUCCGAAGAUUUUGGUCUACGAUCUACACACCGAUCAGGUUGUGCGGAGAAUCGAUUUUCCCCCGGAGGUCGUCCGACGUGAAUCGCUGUACACCAACAUCAUCGUGGACGAAACCGGAUCCAGGCCGGAGAACAACUGUGACGAUGUGUUCGUCUACAUUACGGACACCGUGGCGCCAGGAAUCGUAGUCUACGACAGCGGAAAGGAUCUGACGUGGCGUGUGAGCCAUCCGGCCAUGUACCCGGACCCAGACUUUGCCGAAUCCACCAUCUUGGAGCACCGCUUCACCCUCAUGGACGGAGUCGUUGGCAUUGCCUUCGACCAGGAAGCCGGCAUCAUCUACUUCCAACCAUUGGCUACUGACAGAUUAUUCUCCGUGACGACGGCGGCACUUCGAGCUGGACCUCUUCCGUUCGGAAAGGAUCUUCCCGUCAAACUGGUCGGCCGUAAAUCAUCCCAGGGAAUCGGUCUGGCUGUAUCGCCACGUGGAGGCACCAUCUUCUAUUCGCCCUUCACGGAAACUGCCGUUGCAUCGUGGAACCCCCGUACCAAUGAGCAUCAGAUCGUUGCACAAGACCAGGAACGUCUGCAGUUCGCAGCUGACGUCCGCACCCCGGCCCGCGACGGAACCGCCGUCUAUGUCCUGACCUCCAAGUUCCACCGAUUCUUCCUCAAGAACGUCGACGCCAACGAGUUCAACACCCGUAUUCUGCGCAUCGACGGAGUCGUCGCUCCCACCCUACCAACGAUAGCCCCGUCCGGAUUCGGACCAACUGUCGAGACCAACUCUCCGUUCUAUAGCUUACCGGCCGUAACCCCGUCCGUCGCAAAUUCCUUCAAACCACUUCCCCCGUCCGUACCCUUUACCAAGUUCCCCGCGCACAAGUCCCCCAACCCCAAGACCUACGCCUUCAUCCAGAACUACUACGUGAACAACAAGCAACCCUACGUCUACGAACCGGUUCCGGUCAUCGACAAAACCAAAACCAACCCCUUCUUCAUCCUGAACAGUGGCGAGAAGCCCUUCCCCGCGACGCAACAGCGACCCCAGUACGGUCUCAACGGAGAAAUCUUCUUCCCCAAGAUCAAUCACCACUUCAACGACUUCAACGGCCUUCGGUACGCCAAAAGCUUACGGGCCAAUCUGACGGCGACGCCGUAAGCGUACCAGACUACUGGACGACACCCUUUCGGCGUCUCUUCCGUCCCUCGGCAUGAAGAGACGCUCCCGAAAUUGGGUCCCUCGUUCGAAUCUAGAAGCUCUGACUGCGCGCACAAAUUCGACCGCAGAGCCCCAAUUCUAGCUGCAAGUGUAAAUAGUAUCACAAAUCUCAUCGAAUUCGAACUCCUUGCUCUACCUUUCAACCCCAUCCAUCCCAUUCCCGCCCGAAUUGAGUACCACCGGAGAAACAUUCAGUGUGAUGUUCACUUAAGCGUAAGUAUUGUCGUCGGUUCCAGCAAAAUACUCAGUAAUUUUAGGGAACUCCUCCAUCUCUAUUGGAUUCGUCACCUUUGAACUUCUUUUGUAAAGCCAUAGCUCAAUGCAUUUCCCACAGUUCUCGUUCUGUUUUCGUUUGUUGCUCGCGAGGGUUGCCUUUCGAUGGAGCUUCCUCCAAUUGAGACUUUGACAAAAGUGCAAGAUUACAUCAUAAAGUUAUGAAAUUUUUCAUUUUUGAAAAUGUUGCGCUCAAUUGUUCCAGAAUGUUUCAUGGAAAGUGACGCUUCCAAUUAUGUAGUAAAUUAUAUUGAAAAGACAACUUAAGUUCAGUGUAAAUAAUUAAUAAAAAUAAAUUAAACAUCG